UAAAUGUAACAUUUGCAGACUCCAGCCGCGGCUGCCCACUUCAACCUCUCUCUCUGUCUGCUCUCUCCAUUCAAGGGAUCUCCUCUGCAACUUGAAGGUAUAUUAUUAAUGAAGAAAGCAGAUUCCGUCAAUGCUUUUGAUGCCCUCGACGGAGAUGCAGAUUUUGAUCCCAGCGAUCCCCCUCCUUUCAAGAUUGCUGAGAUCCGAGCUGCGAUUCCUAAGCACUGCUGGAUCAAGAAUCCAUGGAGGUCUCUCAGCUACGUUUUAAGAGAUGCUUUCGUUGUCCUUGCUUUGGCUGCUGCUGCUCUUUUCCUCGAUUCUUGGUGCUUUUGGCCGCUCUACUGGGCUGCUCAGGGUACUAUGUUUUGGGCUAUCUUUGUUCUCGGCCAUGAUUGCGGCCAUGGCAGCUUUUCCGAUAGCACUCUGCUCAACAAUGUGGUGGGGCAUCUCUUGCAUUCUUCGAUUCUUGUGCCUUAUCAUGGAUGGAGAAUCAGCCAUAGGACUCACCACCAGAAUCACGGGAAUGUGGACAAGGAUGAAUCUUGGGUUCCGUUGCCUGAGAAGAUCUAUAAUAGUUUAGAUGUCAGUACUCGGAUAAUGAGAUUCACGGUCCCUCUCCCUUUGCUUGCAUAUCCUAUAUAUCUGUGGACAAGAGGUCCGGGCAAAGACGGUUCACACUUCAGUCCCUACAGUGACUUGUUUGCCCCAAAUGAGAGGAGAGCUGUGUUAACUUCAACCGUGUGUUGGAUUUUGAUGAUUCUUCUGCUCCUCUACUCAUGCUUUGUUUUUGGUUCUGUCCAAGUGCUUAAGCUCUACGGUGUUCCAUAUAUAAUUUUCAUCAUGUGGCUUGAUUUUGUAACAUACCUGCAUCACCACGGACAUGAGCAGAAACUUCCCUGGUACCGCGGCAAGGAAUGGAGUUAUCUGCGUGGCGGACUAACAACAGUUGAUCGUGAUUAUGGAUGGAUAAAUAACAUUCACCAUGACAUUGGCACACAUGUUAUACAUCAUCUGUUUCCUCAAAUCCCACAUUAUCACUUGGUAGAAGCGACAAAGGCAGCUAAGCCAGUGCUGGGAAAGUACUAUAGAGAACCAAGGAAGUCUGGGCCAUUUCCACUUCACCUAUUUGAAAAUCUAGUAAAAAGCAUCAGCCAAGAUCACUACGUGAGCGACAUUGGAGACGUGGUGUAUUAUCAGACAGAUCCUGAGCUGUACAAGAAAUUGGCCAAAACCAAGUUGAUUUGAUAGUUUGUUAUAGAGAAACAGCCAGAACAAAGAGAAUUACAGUUUACGAAAAGUCCUUAACGAGGACAGCUCCCUUGAACACUUGUGGUGCUGUCAUAGGAUGGCUUCAGUUCAGUAGGACAAUUUGUAGGGAUGUUCUGGAGGACUUAGAAAGUUGUGAUGCUUUGGUAAUAAUAUGUACUGUUAGUUUUUGAAAAAUGUAAUAUUUAUUUUUUCCUGCAAAAAAUUCUGUCAUCAUGCAUCUUUUGCUAUCAGGGAAUCCUAAAAUGUAAGAAUUGUAGUGCAAAA